UUAUUGUGGAGUGUUUAUUCCGUCACUUUGUUAGCGCUGCGAUAUGUAGUUUCAUGCGUUUUAUUGUUGCUCAUAAUGGACUAAAGGCAGUUUAACGCAUAGACAUUAAAAACGCGUUUAUUAUUAUUAUUAUUUUUUUAAUCCGUCGUAAAGUCUGUUUCUCAGUGUGUCUGUAAAUGAAGCUUCUGGUCGUUAAAAGUUGCUAACCAGCUAGCUGUUAGCUGGAGGUUUGUCCAUCAGGACGAUAAAGUUUAUCUCGAUGAUAAAUAAUAUUCUAACGGAUCUGAGUUUAGAUAAACAUGACAGAAUGAAAAGAUUUGUUGGUCAAGUUCAGCGGUUUGUGAGGAGAGACUUCAUUUAUCCGUCAGCAAAAGCUGGAAACAGGCAGAUCUGCAGCUCGUCCUCAGACUCGGAGAAGCCGUCUGUGGUGCGACACCUGAGCUCGAAAAUAAAAGCCACCGGUCCUGUUACAGUGGCCGAGUACAUGAGGGAGGUGCUCACCAAUCCUGUGACGGGUUAUUAUGUGAAGAACAACAUGCUGGGACCAGAUGGAGAUUUUAUCACAUCGCCAGAAAUCAGUCAGAUCUUCGGCGAGCUGAUUGGUGUUUGGAUCAUCAGUGAGUGGAUGGGAGCUGGAAGUCCCAAACAGCUGCAGGUGGUUGAGCUUGGACCUGGAAAAGGAUCUUUAGCCAGUGACGUCCUCAGAGUAUUCAGUCAGUUGCAGUCGGUGCUGGGUCAGACCUCACUGUCUCUCCAUCUUAUUGAAGUGAGUCCAACACUGAGUCAGAUCCAGGCCCAGACUCUGACUGGGAACCAGCACCAGGAAACAAACAGUGAGGAAGAGCCCGUUUACCGCCGUGGGAAAACCGCAUCGGGCCUGCCGGUGUCAUGGUACCACCAGAUAGAUGACGUCCCCACAGGAUUCAGCAUCUAUCUGGCACACGAGUUUUUUGAUGCUUUGCCCAUUCACAAAUUCCAGAGGACGGAGACGGGCUGGAGGGAGGUGAUGGUGGAUAUCGACCCAGACAGACCGGACCAGUUCAGGUUUGUCAUGGCACCAUCUCCCACACUGGCCUCGUCCACAUUCAUACAGGCAGAUGAAAUGCGAGAUCACGUGGAGGUGUGUGCAGAGGGCGGAGUCAUUAUCCAGCAGCUGGCUCGGCGAAUCACAGAGGAAGGUGGUGCGGCCCUGAUCAUCGACUAUGGCCAUGAUGGAACCAAGACAGACACAUUUAGAGGCUUUAAAGACCACAAGCUCCACGACGUCCUGACCUCCCCUGGCUCUGCUGACCUCACCGCUGACGUGGACUUCAGCCACCUGCGGAGGAUGGCAGGAGGGGGUGUGGCCUGUUUGGGGCCCAUCAGCCAGAGGACCUUCCUGAAAAAUAUGGGCAUCGACACUCGACUGCAGGUCCUGCUGAAGAACUGCAGUGACCCAUCCACCAGGAAGCAGAUGCUCACUGGCUUCGACAUGCUGACCAAUCCCGAGAAGAUGGGUGAGCGAUUCCAAUUCUUCAGCCUGCUCCACCCGAGCCGACUGGUCCAACCCCGGAUGCCAGAGGGGCUGAAGCUGGAGAAAACGGGCCCCAUGCCGCUUCCUGUAGCCGGAUUCACUCAGCUCAGCUUCUCCUGACAAAAGGUCAGAAAAGUCUCCAGACGUUCAAGUGCUACCGGUUUGACACCGGAUCACAGAAUCCCAAGUAACAAAAGAAAGGUUUGACUUUUCAGUUGCACCUGAUAAAGUGUAAAAAUAGUUUAACCUUCAGUGAUUUAUAAAGACGUAACGAAAGGGAAAAAGUAUGAACACUUGACAUUUAUCAUCUAAUUGUGACAAGUAGAAUGAAUCCUGUUGGGGAUCUGACACCUGAGACUCUGGAUAGCUCUGGAGCUUAAUGUCUGUACCCGUCCCGACUGCUACUUCUAGAUACAGCGAGACGUUAGUCUCACCCUGAUUGAUGCAGAUAUCUAGGAAAUCAUUUUCAAACGUGAUUUCAUGACAUUUUAUUGAGGUCAUGAUGACAUCACUUAUGCCACAGAAUAAAAUAUUGCUUGCAGAGAUUUUGCGCACGUGUGUGUGUGUGUGUGUGUGUGUGUGUGUGUGUGUGUGUGUGUGUGUGUGUGUGUGUUUGUUUGGACAUCCUUGACUUUUGACCAUUCUGCUCUCAAAGUUAAUCUGGAGACGCUCGUCCAAUAAAAAUAUUUGUCAGCAGGUUCGUAACUGUGGUGAGAAUCUGCUGUCCUGUUUAUUAUUUUGAAGAUGAACACAAGUGAAGAUGAAACCAGCUGCAGGCAUGGUUAAAAAAAAAAACAAUGUUGCAGAAAUGAGUUACAAUCCUUUUAUUUAAUCCAAA